UAAGCCCCCACUAUGGCAUAGUCUUUAAUGUUAAUCACACACACAUGUAAUUAAAAUCUCUCCUUCACUCUCUCUCCCCAGCUGUCUGAUUCUGUCCUCUUCUUCCCCUUCAAAUGCCUUCCUCCUAAUCUCUCCAUCUUCAAUCUCUGAAUUACGAUUCCACUUUCCUAUCAAUUCCCUCUCCUACUCUCUCUCUCUCUGUUUCUUCUUCAAUCUCAACCCCAUUCCUGGGAAGAUCUUUCCCAGGUCCUUUGCCAUGGAACCUGAUAACAACAAAUUCUUCAAUGUGGGUCUUCUUCUUCUCGCCACUUUACUCCUCGCAAAGCUUAUUUCCGCUCUUCUCAAUUCCAGAUCUAACAAACGGGCUCCUCCCACUGUUAAAGGCAUCCCCUUUAUUGGGGGAUUGCUCCGUUUCCUUAAAGGUCCGAUUGUGAUGCUGAGGAAGGAGUACCCCAAACUUGGGAGUGUUUUCACCGUUAACUUAUUGCAUAAAAAAAUUACCUUCUUGAUUGGCCCUGAGGUUUCUGCACAUUUCUUCAAAGCAUCCGAGUCUGAUCUUAGCCAGCAGGAAGUUUACCAGUUUAAUGUCCCAACUUUUGGCCCUGGCGUUGUGUUCGAUGUGGAUUACUCCAUUCGUCAAGAACAGUUCAGGUUCUUCACUGAGGCUCUCAGAGUCACAAAACUGAAAGGAUACGUAGAUCAGAUGGUUAGAGAAGCAGAGGAUUUCUUCUCUAAGUGGGGUGACAGUGGGGAGGUGGAUCUCAAGUAUGAGUUGGAACAUCUUAUCAUCUUAACAGCUAGUAGAUGCCUUUUGGGAAGUGAGGUUCGUGAUAAGCUUUUCGCGGAUGUUUCAGCUUUGUUUCAUGACCUUGACAAUGGAAUGCUCCCAAUCAGUGUUAUGUUUCCCUACCUUCCCAUCCCGGCUCAUCGUCGUCGUGAUCAAGCACGCAGCAAGCUUGCGGAUAUCUUUGCAAAGAUCAUAGCUUCCAGAAAAUGCAAUGGGAGUUCAGAUAAUGAUAUGUUGCAAUGUUUUAUCGACUCAAAGUACAAAGAUGGGCGGUCAACAACAGAUUCCGAAGUCACUGGUUUGCUCAUAGCUGCUCUUUUUGCAGGUCAACAUACUAGUUCUAUUACCUCAACUUGGACUGGCGCUUAUCUCCUAUGCCACAAAGAGUACAUGUCUGCUGUCUUAGAGGAACAGCAAAGACUGAUGGGUAAGCAUGGCGACAAGAUUGAUCAUGAUAUCUUGUCUGAAAUGGACAAUCUCUAUAGGUGCAUUAAAGAAGCUCUCAGACUUCACCCUCCACUGAUUAUGUUGAUGCGAAGUUCGCAUAGUGAUUUUAGUGUUACAACCAGAGAAGGGAAAGAAUAUGAUAUUCCAAAGGGUCAUAUAAUUGCCACAUCUCCAGCUUUCGCUAACCGACUUCCUCAUGUGUAUAAGGAUCCCGACAGGUAUGAUCCAGACAGGUUCGCCCCUGGGAGAGAUGAAGACAAGGCGGCUGGACCAUUCUCCUACAUCUCGUUCGGAGGUGGUAGGCAUGGGUGCCUCGGCGAACCCUUCGCUUAUCUACAGAUAAAAGCAAUAUGGAGUCAGUUGCUAAGAAAUUUCGAACUGGAGCUAAUAUCUCCUUUUCCUGAAAUUGAUUGGAAUGCUAUGGUUGUGGGUGUCAAAGGGAAAGUUAUGGUCAGGUACAAGAGAAGGAAGCUUUCAGUUAGUUAAUGGGAAGAACGUUCAAGUCUUUGUAAACUUAACCGUAUUUAAUUAUUGCUGGGAUGUUUGUUUUUUUCUCCCCCACCUCCACCAACUUCAUUUAUGCAAUUCUUCAACCGUUUGUGCUUCUAGGAGGUUUCUAUCAUCGAGUUUGACCAUAGGUCCCUUUCAGUGUUAAAUCUAAUUUAUGUUAGUUUGUAAUAUCGUUUUGUUAUUGUUGGAACCAUUUAAAAUGGGUGUUUCUGCA